CGUAUAAAUAUAGCACAGACUUUACAAUCUUUCUCCACACUUUAUUCAGCUGGUUAUUCUGAACGUUCCGCUGUUAAAUCCCACAAAUAUUUCGAAAUGGCACAAUACAAAAUUAUAUAUUUCGGAAUCAAAGGGCGAGCUGAAGCGUUCCGGAUGAUAUUUUCUGUCGCCGAUGUGAAAUAUGAAGACGUCAUCAUUAAAUCGGGAGAUUGGCCUGCAUACAAACAAUCUACACCUUGGGGUCAACUUCCCCUCUUGGAAGUCGAUAGGAAGCAGCUCGCCCAGAGCUCCACAAUUUGCCGGUAUCUUGGCCGACAGUUCAACCUUUGUGGCGAAAAUCCAUGGGAGUCGGCAAAGUGUGACGAAUAUGUGGAUGCAACUAAUGACUUGAUUGAAGAAUGGGUCGGAUUUACAUUUCUUGAGACGGACGAAGCCAAAAAGGCUGAGCGUAAAGCGAAGUUCAUCGCCACUCUGAUCCCCAAUUGUUUCAGCAAAUUGGAAUCCAUCAAGGAAAAGAAUGGUGGAGAUUUCUUGGUGGGGAAGAAGCUAACUUGGGCGGAUAUUAAUGUGGCUGAUAAGCUGCAGAUUAUCGAGGACGAUGUUGAUCCCACCGUUCUCGAGGGAUAUCCUAACUUGAAGAAGUUUAAGAAUGCUGUGCUUUCUCUGCCAAAAAUCAAAGCCUACGUGGAAAAGUCGGGAUAUUCGUACAAGGGUUUGGAGAAUAACUUGGGAGAAUAACAUAAAGAGAUGAAAAUUUUGAUUACUCUGUUUCAUUUAAUUGUUGAUCAUCUAACUAAUCAGGUGGAUAGGUUCAUGAUAUUAAAAAUUAUUUCGUUAUAAUGAUGAGCAAAUAAAAAUUCGGAAUAUGGAAAUUCA